AAGCGCUCCCCCCAUCCAGCAGGAAACACUGAAUCAUAACUCACAGGCAGGAGCCGCUGCGUGCACACAUCUGUGCUGCCUCCUCAACCUGAGCUGACAUCUGUGUGAUACUCUGCGGGAUUUAUUCUUAAAAACAUAGCUUCUGUUUUCAGCUUUUUUAAAUCCGACCCUACAACCUGUCAGAGACAGAGCGAGAAGCGCAUCUUGAAGUUUGGAGAGGAGCGUGCGCGCACAUGGCAGCCCUCAUCAGCGCGUACUCGUCGUGGCCCGAGUCCUUCGAGUGUCCUCCAGGAGACGGGGAUGUGUCCGACGGUCAUGGACCGCACAGGAGCCCCGCGGACAAGGCUCCGGAGCCGAGGAUCAGGCGGCCCAUGAACGCGUUCAUGGUGUGGGCCAAAGACGAGCGCAAACGGCUGGCGGUGCAGAACCCAGACCUGCACAACGCCGAGCUCAGCAAGAUGUUGGGAAAGUCCUGGAAGGCCCUGACCCCCCCUCAGAAGCGGCCCUAUGUGGAGGAAGCUGAGCGUCUCCGGGUGCAGCACAUGCAGGACUACCCCAACUAUAAGUACCGUCCUCGCCGGAAGAAGCAGCUGAAACGCAUCUGCAAGCGCGUGGACCCCGGCUUCCUGCUGAGCGGCCUGGCCCCCGAUCAGAACGCCCUGCCCGAGCAGAGAGUCCUCUGCCACCCUCUAGACAAAGACGAGGGCGGCCCCAGGUUCUCCAGCCCCAGCCCGGCUCUGCCCAGCGUCAGGAGCUUCAGAGACCCAGCCGGAUCCAACAGCAGCUUCGACACGUACCCUUACGGCCUCCCCACCCCCCCAGAGAUGUCUCCUUUGGACGCCAUGGACCACGAGCAUGUCCCCCCCUCCUAUUAUUCUGGUAGCUCCUCUGUCUCCUGCUCCUCCUCGGCUUCCUGUCCAGAUGAGCACCACCAGAAUCAGACCCACAUGGGCAGCCCGCCCCCGUACCACACUGACUACACCCAGACCCAAAUCCACUGCGGAGGCUCACACAUAGCUCACAUCUCCCACAUGUCCCAAGCUGCUUCUGGACUCAUCCCCGGUCCUCCUCCUCUGUCCUACUACACCACCUCUUCUUUCCACCAGAUCCACCACGGGCUGCACCAGGGCCACCUGGGUCAGCUCUCCCCUCCACCAGAGACGCAUGGUCACCUGGAGACUCUAGACCAGCUGAGCCAGGCCGAGCUCCUCGGGGAGGUUGACCGCAAUGAGUUUGACCAGUACCUGAACUCAAACGGGAGCGGGUUCCACCCCGAUCAGGGCGGCAGUAUGACCGUCACGGGACACAUCCAGGUAUCUUCUGCCGCUAACACUGCUGCUAAUGCUUGUCCAAGCAGCAGCACCUCAGAAACCAGCCUCAUUUCAGUGCUGGCGGACGCUACGGCGGCCUACUACAACAACUACGGCAUCUCAUAAGCUAGGUCACGGCACCCAUUAGACUCAUCAGAGACAACACAGGGUUCACAUGGGUGAGGAAAUUUAGAUGAUGCUGCAUUCGGGUGCUAGUAAGGGAACAUUUCUGUGCUGUCAUCUGUAAUUUCAAAUAUCAGUUUAGCAUCUACAGCUGACUCUACGCCCUCCUCCUGCAACGACUGUGGCAUUUUAAGCUAAAUCCCAGCACCUACACUCAUCAGAGACACUACAGGGUGAGAACAUUUCGGAUGAUGCUGAAUUUGGGUGCAAGUAGGGACAGAUUCCAGCGCGCUCAUCUGUAAUUUCUAUCUCAAAUUAGUACCCAUGAGCAACCUCAUCCCUGGACUGAUUACUGAGCAAUAUGAUUGUCCGGAGCCGAGAAGAACAAAGACAUUAAAGAGGAAUUUUAAGAAAGGGAGAUGGACAACUCAGGGACGCAGACACAAAUGUUAAAGAAGUAUGCCGCCUCCAGUUGUCAGAAGUUUUCUAACCCAGAAAAACAAUCGUAAAAAAGACUUGUUGCCCACUUGUAAAUGUUACCGUUGCCCGCUGCGGCAUGUACAGACGCUCUCUAGAAGCUAAUUUAAGUUCUCUGAUGUUUCGCCGAUAUGCUAACUGUGCUAAUGCUACUCUCCACGCUUUCCCAUUCGAAUGUUUGUACUCUAUGUUCUCGCUCUCACGAGUUUGGGAGUCUUACCUCAGUAGUUGUAAUUGAAUGAGGUUUUAGUUGGACAUUUCUUAUGCAAUUUAAAGCGGUGUAUAAUGAAGAAAAAAAAGGCGUUUAUACUUCCUCUCAAGUACCUAAUAAUAUAUAACCAUAACCUCUGAGAUGAAAAUAAUAAUGGUAACUAUAACUGUAUGCUGAUUUAGGUUUGUGAAAGACAAUAAUUUAAAAAUAAAGUUCCAUUUUUGUAUAAAUAAA